UAGAAAUGAAAGUGAAGUCUGUCAAAGUGUCAGCCUCACUGCAGUCUAGACAAAUCUCUGUUUCUCUCUGAAAGAUAGUUCAAACUGACUUCAUCAGGUCUUUGUCAACAACACAGCAGAGUCUCUGCCAAACACUGACAUGGCUGCUGCAAACUAUCUGCCAUCUGAAGAUCAGUUUCUGUGCUCCAUCUGUCUGGAUGUGUUCACUGAUCCUGUCACCACAUCAUGUGGACACAACUUCUGCAAAACCUGCAUCAACACACACUGGAAUAAUAAUGACCAUUACCUGUGUCCCAUUUGUAAAGAGACUUUUACCACAAGACCACAGCUGAGGAUCAACACUUUGUUCUCUGAGAUGGUUGUUCAGUUCAGACAGUCAGCUCAGCAGAAAGCCGCCAGCAGCAGAUCAGAGCAACAAGUGUCUGAACCAGGAGAAGUUCCCUGUGACGUCUGCACUGGAACCAAACUGAAGGCCCUGAAGUCCUGCCUGGUGUGUCUGGUCUCCUACUGUGAGACUCACCUGGAGCCUCAUCUGACAGCUUCACGUCUGAAAAGACAUCAGCUGAUCGACGCUGUGGAGAACCUGGAAGGCAGGAUGUGUACGAAGCACGAUAAACCUCUGGAGCUGUUCUGUAAGACCGACCAGACGUGUGUCUGCAUGCUCUGCACUGUUUUAGACCACAAGAUGCAUGAUGUUGUUCCUCUGAAAGAAGGAUAUGAAGAAAAGAAGGUUGAGCUAGAGAGUGAAAUUCAGCAGAUGAUCCAGAAGAGACAACUGAAGAUUCAGGAGAUAAAACAUUCAGUCGACCUCAGUGAGAAAGAUGCAGACAGAGAGAUAUCAGAAGGAGUUCAGGUCUUCACUGCUCUGAAGGAGGCUGUUGAGAGAGGCCAAGCCAAUCUCAUCCAAGCAAUUAAAGAGAAGCAGGAAACAACUGAAAACCAGGCUGAAGGCUUCAUCAAAGAGCUGGAACAGGAAAUUUCUGAGCUGAAGAAGAAAAGUACUGCGGUGGAGCAGCUCCCACGCUCUGAAGACCACCUCUAUCUCCUCCAGAGUGUCCAGUCCCUAAACAUCCACCACCCAACACCCACCAAGGACUGGACAGAGGUCAGUGUCUGUCCAUCAUCAUAUGAGGGGACUGUGGUGAGAGCUGUGGCUCAGCUUGAGGAGAAACUCAGAGAAGAGAUGAAGAAGCUGCUCCCCGAGUUUGAGCUGAAGAGGGUCCAGCAGUAUGCAGUGGAUGUGACUCUUGAUCCUGAUACAGCACAUCCCUACAUCAUCCUGUCUGAUGAUGGGAAACAAGUGAGUCAUGGUGAUUUGAAGAAGAAACUACCAAACAACCAAGAGAGAUUUUCGUUCAGACUCCGUGUUUUAGGAAUACCAGGUUUUUCUUCAGGCAGAUUUUACUACGAAGUUCAAGUUAAAGGAAAGACUAACUGGGACUUUGGAGUGGCCAGAGAGUCGAUCGACAGAAAGGGGAAUAUCGAUGUGAGCCCUCCAAAUGGUUACUGGACUAUAGGGUUGAGAAAUGGAAAAGAGUACAAAGCUCUUCCUAACCCUGGAGUCAGUCUCUCUCUGAAGUCUCCUCCUCAGAAGGUGGGGGUGUUUGUAGAUUAUGAGGAGGGUCUGGUCUCCUUUUAUGAUGUAGAUGCUGCAGCUCUUAUCUACUCCUUUACUGGCUGCUCCUUCACUGAGAAACUCUUCCCACACUUCAGUCCCUGGGGUAAUGAUGGUGGUAAAAACUCUGCACCUCUGAUCAUUUCUCCUGUUGGAGUAAAAUAAGCACUUCUCUUCUUACAUGUACUGAUUUAUUUCUAAUUAGUGGAACAAUUUUACAUAUCUAAUGUUAAUACCGUCUAUAUAAAUGUCUGUUAAACCCAGACUUUUUUUUUUACUUCCUGAAGAAAUAACGAUUUCUAAAAUCUCCAAAUCAACAAUGUCAAGCUGCAGUUUGAGUAAAUUAGCAAUGAAAUGCUGCAAAAUAUCUUUUUUUAUGUUUCAGUUUGAUGAGCAGCCACAGAAAACACGAGGCUGAAAAUGUCAUUGUUUCACAAAGCUUCAUUUAAGAUUAAUAGUAUGCUCACUGUUACACUGGAUAUAAAGUUAAUAUACACAGUUUACAUAAAAUAGAUAACAGAGUAUU